CUGACCGCUAAACUUCCCUCUUGCGUUUGUGUCUUUCAGAUGCUCGGCCAUGGAUGCAAUUGGAGCUGACGAGAAGAAAGACAAAAUGGACGGCAGUGGUUUUGGAGACCUCCUAAAGAAGCCACUAGAAACCAGAGCCCCACACAUCUUCUCAUCCUUCCACAAGCCCGUCGCCUUGGACAUGCGGCAUCAUGAAGGAUGCCCCUCGUACCACUACGAGCCGCACACUCUCCACGCCGUACACAGGCCCGUAGGAUUGCCAGGCAGCCCUGUCAUAUCUGAUAUCUCCCUGAUCCGCCUCUCUCCUGCAUCCAUGGCGACCGGCGACUCCCCCUUCAGCUCCCCUCACGUGUACGUCAACCCUCACAUGGAGCACUACCUGCGCCCGGUGCACGGUGGCCCAACGCUGUCAAUGAUCUCGGCAGCCAGAGGCCUGAGCCCCACUCACUUGGCUCACGACCAUUUCAAAGAUGGUGGCCUCUUUGGGCUCCCUCCACCUUCUCCGACUGGGGUGAGUCUGACCAGAGAGUAUUACCAGUUGAUGGCGAGCCACCAUAGCUCCUAUGGGGAGCUGCUCAUGCAGGGGGGAGGGUUAGCCGCAGGGGCCCACCUCUCAGACUACAUGACCCCCAUUGAUGUCUCCCGACUGACUCCCAGGCUGAGCAGGAAGAGGACGCUAUCCAUCUCGCCGCUGUCCGACGCCAGCGUGGAUGUUCAGACCAUGAUCCGCACAUCGCCGAGCUCGUUGGUGGCGUACAUCAACAACUCCCGGUCCGGCUCCGUUGCCAGCAACUCGUACGGACACCUGUCGGUCGGAGGAAUUAGCCCAUCCUUGGCCUUCCCUCAUCCCAUCAGCCCUGUGGCCUACCAGCAGCUGCUGACUUUGGGCCACACUCCACCACUCAUCCAGCCGGCGGCCGCCUACCCCAGCUGCCACCCGGCCCUCGGCCUCUCCGCGUUGUCCGCUCCCGGCCACGGCACUGACUUGGCACCCCAAAAUCCCUGUGGAGAAUCCGUCAUGAACUGCACAGUUGAGCCUGUCAUCACCAAGCGGUCAAAGGUGAAGCCCGAAUCCAAGGCACCAAGUUCCCUGAUGAACAAAACGGGUGUACCGUCACAGAACCAUCAAGGUGUCUCAUUGGAGCUUAAGGUGGACGUGGAACGUGACGAGUGCAAAGCAGAGCUGGAAGCCACGUCGUACGAGUCCAACUGUCACUGGGAGGGCUGCAACACUGAGUACGAAUCACAAGACCAGCUUGUGCACCACAUCAAUAACGAGCACAUCCACGGGGAGAAGAAAGAGUUUGUGUGCCGCUGGGAGGAGUGUUCUCGGGACCAGAAGCCCUUCAAGGCUCAGUACAUGCUGGUGGUUCACAUGCGCCGGCACACAGGAGAGAAACCGCACAAGUGCACGUUUGAGGGCUGCGCCAAGGCCUACUCUCGUCUGGAAAAUCUCAAAACCCAUCUGCGCUCUCACACCGGGGAGAAACCUUACGUGUGCGAGCACGAGGGAUGCAACAAGGCUUUUUCGAACGCCUCAGACCGAGCCAAACACCAGAACCGCACGCACUCCAGUGAGAAACCGUACGUGUGCAAGCUCCCGGGGUGCACCAAGCGCUACACGGAUCCCAGCUCACUGAGGAAGCAUGUCAAAACAGUCCACGGCCCGGAGGCCCACGUCACCAAGAGGCAGCGCAGCGACCUGCUGCCCAGGCUAAUGCCGAGGGACAACGGCGAGAACCAGAGUCUCCACACAGAGACGGUUCGUGAGAAAAUUGCAGACGGCAGCUCCCCGGCAGGUGGGGAGGACUACGUGCACGUCAAAUCCAUCAAGACAGAAAAUUCUGUGAUGCAGCAGUCCAGCCCUGGCAGUCACUCACUGUGCAACAGCAAACCAUCACCGCUUAGUGAGGCCACCGACAAUGACAGUGGAGUAGAAAUGGAAAGGUUGGGCAGUGGAAGCCUGGGGGACUUCGACAUGUGGUGGAGUCUGGGUAUUGAUGAUUCCAGUGGCGAAGAGGCAGCGGCAGCAGCUAGUUUCAGCGUCCAGCAGCGGCUCAGCUUUCAUCCACAUCUGGAGUCUAUCAAGAAGAAGAAGGUGAGGGACUUCUGUCAAUGGACUGCCAACCCCGUAUUUUCCGCUGCCACCAGCACCAGCAGGCGUGUUCCUCUGGCGGAGCGUAGGCUCUGGUCCUAGGUCUGCUGGGAAGCCUCUCAGAGUGCCAUGACAGCGCUUCCUGCAUGCUGAACUCACUUGAUGCCCUCCAGCCUCCGCUCCUCUCGCAACUCUCCUCCUCACUGCUCCAGUCAGGCCUCACACUUGCACUACGACUCCUACAAGCCUAUCUCAAACAAUAUCUCACCGUGCUCCAGUCAGAACGAUCCUCGGAAACCUGACCCCGGCUCACACUACUCCCUCUGGGCAACUAUAUUACACCCCCUGUUGGUUUACAACCAACACCUCUGCCAUUCAUUGGGAAAAAUUCAUCUCCAAACCUGUUCAGCAUUGUUUAGGGAUUCCGACGAAUCCUACUCAAGACAGGUGUUUGUGGAUUCUCUUUACCUGUCACAAAUGCAGUCAUGCUGUCAUGUUCUUGAUGGAGAGAAGAGAGUGGGAACAUUUUACACAGAAGGGCUUCAUGCAAUCAGAUGGUAGCCUCCACCACACCCACAGCCUAAAGGACAUUCAAGCAAAGGCAACAACACAUCUCCACCGUUUCAUUUCGACGGGAGUGUGUGAGGCCGCACACUGAGCCCCGAACACAGACGCACCCAUCACCUCAGCAUGCGUAAGUUCAACUUGAAGGAUGGAACUGUACAACUUCCUCACUUGAUACUUUGCAGAAACCAAAUCCGCCAGUACCACCAAAACAACCUAAAUCAUUAGGCAGCCACAUUUCAAGCCUGCCAGGUUAUGCAAGCAAUGAAGUUGCAACAGCCCCGGUGACAAUACUUUGUACGAAAUGGGCCAGAUCCUUUGACUUGGAAUUAGUCUAGUGCUGCUUCCCGGUUUAGAGGAACAGAUGAACUUGAUUGACAGAAUGCUGAAUGAUGAGAAGCACACCAAUCUUUCCAAGUCUGUUCCAGAACUGGCUUAACCCUUGGUACCACCGGGGAAGAGAAACAUGGCUCUUUUUGGAGUCCUUUAGAUGAGAUGUUCCUGAAACUGAUGUGCGACAUCAAAGUAUUCCCUGGCAUCCAUCAAAGUCGCUAAGUGAUGUGAAGAGGCCGAUGUUACUAUUGCUGCUGCUGCAAUCUACUGUCCUCUUGUACAAUGUCUUCUUUUUGACAAGCCAUAUUUGUAAGUAGCAUGUAAACAACAGAAUUUUUUCAGCAGUCGUGCAAGUGCCUGGCAUAUACACAGGUGGUUACAUAAGUA